AUGCACAAGGCUCCAAUUUCAACAUUAAUUUUAGAUUCUUUAUUCUCGAACAUGAUGUUAGCAGAAAUGAUGAAUGAUGAUCAGUUGGAGCUAUUGAAGCAUCAGCAGACGGGCAUACAACCGGUUGUUCCAGAAGGCUGCAAUCUUUACUGGUCAUCUCUCAACGUCACAGGACCUGAAACGAAACCCACCAACUUCGUAGAUCGAUUUCGCAACAAUAUGCCAAAACGCCGAGUCAAAGAAAUUUUACAUAAUGUCUCUGGAAUGGCAGAGUCUGGAAAACUUUUAGCGAUUUUGGGAAGUAGUGGAGCUGGAAAAACGACACUAAUGAAUGUGCUAACUUCGAGGAAUUUGACAAAUCUAGACGUUCAAGGAUCCAUAUUAAUUGAUGGAAGACGUGCGAAUAAGUGGAAAAUUCGAGAGAUGUCUGCAUUUGUCCAACAACAUGACAUGUUUGUUGGAACAAUGACUGCUCGUGAACAUCUUCAAUUCAUGGCUCGACUCCGAAUGGGAGAUCAAUAUUACUCAGAUCAUGAACGUCAGUUACGUGUCGAGCAGGUACUCACUCAAAUGGGACUAAAGAAAUGUGCAGAUACAGUAAUAGGAAUUCCAAAUCAAUUAAAAGGUCUUUCGUGUGGAGAGAAGAAGCGACUGUCGUUUGCAUCGGAAAUAUUGACAUGCCCGAAGAUUUUAUUUUGUGAUGAGCCCACAUCUGGGUUAGAUGCUUUUAUGGCUGGUCACGUUGUUCAAGCUCUCAGAAGUUUGGCGGAUAAUGGAAUGACAGUUAUUAUCACAAUUCAUCAACCCAGCAGUCAUGUCUACUCUCUUUUCAACAAUGUCUGUCUCAUGGCUUGUGGGCGUGUCAUAUACUUGGGGCCAGGUGAUCAAGCGGUGCCGUUAUUUGAAAAAUGUGGAUAUCCAUGCCCGGCAUACUAUAAUCCUGCGGAUCAUCUGAUAAGGACUCUGGCCGUAAUUGAUAGUGAUCGAGCAACUUCCAUGAAAACUAUUUCGAAAAUUCGCCAAGGAUUUUUGUCUACGGACUUGGGCCAGUCGGUGUUAGCAAUUGGAAAUGCGAACAAACUUCGAGCAGCGUCAUUUGUAACAGGAAGUGAUACAUCUGAGAAAACAAAAACGUUUUUUAAUCAAGACUACAAUGCAUCAUUUUGGACACAAUUUCUUGCUCUUUUUUGGAGAUCUUGGCUGACAGUAAUCCGGGAUCCAAAUCUGCUUUCUGUCAGGUUACUUCAAAUUCUUAUAACUGCAUUUAUAACUGGUAUAGUAUUCUUCCAAACUCCAGUCACACCUGCUACGAUAAUAUCGAUAAAUGGAAUAAUGUUCAACCACAUUCGAAAUAUGAACUUUAUGCUUCAAUUCCCAAAUGUUCCGGUUAUUACGGCAGAACUUCCAAUUGUACUCCGAGAAAAUGCAAAUGGAGUGUAUCGAACGAGUGCAUAUUUUCUUGCGAAAAACAUUGCAGAACUCCCUCAAUACAUAAUCCUUCCAAUUCUAUACAAUACAAUUGUCUACUGGAUGUCUGGGCUCUAUCCUAACUUCUGGAACUAUUGCUUCGCGUCGCUGGUAACAAUUUUGAUUACAAACGUGGCAAUUUCCAUUUCUUACGCUGUCGCAACGAUCUUUGCCAACACUGAUGUAGCCAUGACAAUACUUCCAAUCUUUGUAGUUCCAAUUAUGGCGUUUGGAGGAUUCUUCAUAACAUUUGACGCCAUUCCAUCUUACUUUAAAUGGCUCUCUUCGCUCUCUUAUUUCAAAUACGGUUAUGAAGCUCUCGCGAUCAAUGAAUGGGAUUCGAUCAAAGUGAUUCCGGAGUGUUUCAAUAGUUCAAUGACUGCGUUUGCGUUGGAUAGCUGCCCAAAAAAUGGGCAUCAAGUUUUGGAAUCGAUCGAUUUCUCGGCUUCGCAUAAAAUUUUUGAUAUUUCAAUUCUGUUUGGAAUGUUCAUCGGAAUUCGCAUAAUUGCCUACGUGGCACUUCUCAUCCGUUCCUAUAAUAAUACUUGAAAAGGAAAUAUUUGAUUGUAUAAUUUAUUUGAAUACUGUUAAUUUGAAUUUUGUUAACAUAUUUUGUUUUGUGAAUGUUGAUGCCGGAAAAUUGGAAAAUUGGAAAAUCAAAAAAAAAAGCAAGUAUAAAACAUGUUG